UUGGAGUACGUGACUGUCAGGGUAUGUGGUCUCACAGCGUUGAGGUACGUGACUGUCAGGGUAUAUGGUCUCACAGCGUUGGAGUACGUGACAGUCAGGGUAAUGUGGUCUCACGUGACUGUCAGGGUAUGUGGUCUCACAGCGUUGGAGUACGUGACUGUCAGGGUAUGUGGUCUCACAGCGUUGGAGUACGUGACUCUCAGGUUGUGGUCUCACAGCGUUGGAGUACGUGACUGUCAGGGUAUGUGGUCUCACAGCGUUGGAGUACGUGACUGUCAGGGUAUGUGGUCUCACAGCGUUGGAGUACGUGACUGUCAGGGUAUGUGGUCUCACAGCGUUGGAGUACGUGACUGUCAGGGUAUGUGGUCUCACAGCGUUGGAGUACGUGACUGUCAGGGUAUGUGGUCUCACAGCGUUGGAGUACGUGACUGUCAGGGUAUGUGGUCUCACAGCGUUGGAGUACGUGACUGUCAGGGUAUGUGGUCUCACAGCGUUGGAGUACGUGACUGUCAGGGUAUGUGGUCUCACAGCGUUGGAGUACGUGACUGUCAGGGUAUGUGGUCUCACAGCGUUGAGGUACGUGUCAGUCAGGGUAUGUGGUCUCACAGCGUUGGAGUACGUGACUGUCAGGGUAUGUGGUCUCACAGCGUUGAGGUACGUGUCAGUCAGGGUAUGUGGUCUCACAGCGCUGGUUUCCUGCCCUACUCUGCACUUCACACUGGAGGGGGAGGAUGGGGUCUGUGGUCUGAGGGUUCUGACGGCUGCUAACAGCUGACAAGGGGUGGUUGGGGGAGGUGUGAGAGAAGAACAUCUCGAGGCACAGAGAGAGAGGACCAGAGAGAGGAAGAGAGAGGAGGAAAGAGAGCGAGAGAGUGAAGGAAGGGAGGAGAGCUCAGAGUAACAGACUCAUACUUUUGAGCAAAAGAGACAAAGAAAGAAAAAAGUGUAGGAGAGUAACCAGAGAAGUCCCAACACGAUCCCACUGAACCUGACAACCAAGGGACAGUAGGACCAGGGGCUGUUAAAGGAUAUGUAACGACACACACAUUCUGGACAGUGGACAGUCAAACUACAGCUGCAGAGUCUCUGACAUGGGGGGAAUCUGGAUGCACUGAAGAUCUGCUGGGCCUAAAGACACCCCAGCUUCAACACAAUGCCCACUCUUCCCUCCUCCCCCCUUUCCACCUCCUCUCCCAACACCUCUUUACCCCUGUCCUCCUCUUCCUUCCCCCUCUCCAAUGCCACCUAUCCCCCCUUUACCUCCUCCUCUCCAAACCAGACCCUAUGUAAUCUAGAUGAGGGUGCCCUGCGCCUCCCCCUGGUCUUCUUCUACUCCAUCUUCUUCCUCCUGGGUCUGGUAGGUAAUCUCCUGGCCCUGUGGGUCUUCGUAUUCCUCCACUCCAGGAGGAACUCUGUCCGGGUGUUCCUCAUCAACGUGGCCAUAGCUGACCUGGUGCUCCUGGCCUGUCUUCCCUUCAGAGUCCUCUACCAUGCUAACGGCAACCGCUGGGUCCUCGGCCCCCUGGUCUGUAAAGUGGUGGGCAACCUCUUCUACAUGAACAUGUACAUCAGUAUCACUCUGCUGGGGUUCAUUAGUCUGGAUAGGUAUGUGAAGCUGAAGGGGCGGGGCAGAGCGGGGAGGGGCCUGGCCAGGAGGCUGAGAGGCGGGGGAUGGAGCUGGGUGGCGUGCGGGGCGCUCUGGGGGCUGUCCCUGGCGGCGGCCGUGCCCAUGAUCGCCAUGUCGGAGGGAAACGAGGAACCUGGGAAGUGUUUCCAGUAUAAGCAGCGGCGUGGGGCGAAGGGGAAGGCUUACUUCAACAUGGCUCUGGUGCUGCUGUUCUGGGGGGUGUUCUGCCUGCUGGUGGUCUCCUAUGGGAAGAUAGCCAUGCGCCUCCUCAAGGUGUCCAGGGAUAAACCUGACCUCCCCAAUGCCCACCGCUACGGUAGCGCCGCCAGGAAGUCCUUCUUCGUGCUCUUCCUGUUCACCGUCUGCUUCGGGCCCUACCACGCCUUCCGCCCAUUCUACGUCCUCUCCCAGCUCAGCCAAUCCCCAUCCUGCGAUUACUUGCGCCUGGUGGACAGGACCAAUGAGGUCAUGUUGUUGUUCUCCGCCUUCAACGCCGUCCUGGACCCUGUGAUGUACUUCCUGUUGUCGGGCUCGGUGCGCAAGGCCGCCGUGAAAGCCCUCGGACAGAGCCUCGGCAACCGGCUCCACUUCCUUAACGACGGGACCUCCAACAGCUCGGUAUCAGAGUUCAGACGGACCUCUCUGUCCAUCACCUCCCCCAACACCGUCAUUAACCCCUCCCAUGAGCCCAGGACCAGCCUCUGUCUGAUUAGCCCCACCCUCCACCCUGGCGCAGCCAUAGUGGCAAAGCAGUGAAUUUACAGACCUCAUUGUUUAACUUCAUGGACAUUAUAAUGUAUACCAUGGACUCAACAACUGAUGCAUGUGACAAGGUCCAAUGUCUUGAACUAGACUCAGUUCCCAAGAAUGGACCUGACCAGAUGUCCUGAAUCAAAGUGAUUUACACUACCGCUCAAAAGUUCAGGGUCACUUAGAAAUGUCCUUGUUCUUGAAAGAAAAGCACAUUUUUUUGUCCAUUGAAAUAACAUCAAAUUGAUCAGAAAUACAGUGUAAACAUUGAUAAUGUUGUAAAUGACUAUUGUAGCUGGAAACAGCAGAUUUUUUUAUGGAAUAUCUACAUAGGCGUACAGAGGCACAUUAUCAGCAAAACCCCAGUCUCAACGCAAAACACCAGUCUCAACGCGAAACACCAGUCUCAACGCAAAACCCCAGUCUCAACGCAAAACCCCAGUCUCAACGCAAAACCCCAGUCUCAACGCAAAACCCCAGUCUCAACGCAAAACCCCAGUCUCAACGCAAAACCCCAGUCUCAACGCAAAACCCCAGUCUCAACGCAAAACCCCAGUCUCAACGCAAAACCCCAGUCUCAACGCAAAACCCCAGUCUCAACGCAAAACCCCAGUCUCAACGCAAAACCCCAGUCUCAACGCAAAACCCCAGUCUCAACGCGAAACGCCAGUCUCAAUGCGAAACCCCAGUCUCAACGCGAAACCCCAGUCUCAACGCGAAACCCCAGUCUCAACGCGAAACCCCAGUCUCAACGCGAAACCCCAGUCUCAACGCGAAACACCAGUCUCAACGCGAAACACCAGUCUCAACACAAAACACCAGUCUCAACGCAAAACACCAGUCUCAACGCAAAACACCAGUCUCAACGCAAAACACCAGUCUCAACGCAAAACACCAGUCUCAACGCAAAGCACCAGUCUCAACGCGAAACCCCAGUCUCAACGCAAAACCCUAGUCUCAACGCAAAACCCUAGUCUCAACGCAAAACCCCAGUCUCAACGCGAAACACCAGUCUCAACGCGAAACCCCAGUCAACGCGAAACCCCAGUCAACGCGAAACCCCAGUCUCAACGCGAAACCCCAGUCUCAACGCGAAACACCAGUCUCAACGCGAAACACCAGUCUCGACACAAAACACCAGUCGACACAAAACACCAGUCGACACAAAACACCAGUCGACACAAAACACCAGUCAACACAAAACACCAGUCAACACAAAACACCAGUCAACACAAAACACCAGUCAACACAAAACACCAGUCAACACAAAACACCAGUCUCAACUAGAUAGAGGAACUCUGGACAGAGGAACUCUGCCGAGAAGGUCAGCAUCCCGGAGUCGCCUCUUCACUGUUGACGUUAAGACUGGUGUUUUGCAGGUACUAUUUAAUGAAGCUGCUAGUUGAGGACUUGUGAGGCGUCUGUUUCUCAAACUAGACACUUGUCCUCUUGCUCAAUUGUGCAACCCUUGCAAAAGGGUUUUCUAAAUGAUCAAUUAGACUUUUAAAAUGAUAAACUUGGAUUAGCUAAUGCAACGUGCCAUCAAAUCAAAUCAAUAUUUAUUGGUCACAUACACAUGGUUAGCAGAUGUUAAUGUGAGUGUAGCGAAAUGCUUGUGCUUCUAGUUCCGACUGCAACAAUAUCUAACAUCUCCAUAUGAGAAGAGUAAUGUAGGGUAUGUAAACAUUAUAUAAAGUGGAACACAGGAGUGAUGGUUGCUGAUAAUGGGACUCUGUACGCCUAUGUAGAUAUUCCUUUCUUUUUUAAAUCAGCAGUUUCCAGAUACAAUAGUCAUUUACAACAUUAAUAAUGUCUACACGGUAUUUCUGAUCAAUUUGAUGUUAUUUUAAAUGGACAAAAAAAAUAGCUUUUCUUUAAAAACAAGGACAUUUCUAAGGGACCCCAAACUUUUGAAUGGUAGUGUAAAUGCCUGUGUCUGUCUUGUCAAUAGUAUGUGACACAAUCAUAUCUGAUAUAACACUGUACAAAGCAAAUAAAUAUAUACGAUUUAAGCUCA